AUGGAUCUCUGCGGCCGUCAAAAGGUGGUUCGGCGCAAGAUGGUGUUAUUAGGGGAUGGCGCUUGCGGCAAGACCUCCGCUUUGAACGUCUUCACCAGAGGAUACUUCCCAACCGUUUAUGAGCCUACUGUAUUUGAGAACUAUGUGCAUGAUAUCUUCGUGGAUAGUGUUCACAUGGAAUUGUCGCUAUGGGAUACGGCUGGCCAGGAAGAAUUUGACCGAUUGCGUGCGCUAUCCUAUGAGGACACACAUGUGAUUAUGCUUUGUUUUAGCGUCGAAAGUCGGGAUUCGUUCGAGAACGUGGCGAGCAAAUGGAUCGAAGAGAUCUCGGAGAACUGCCCCAAUGUCAAACUGGUGCUCACUGCCCUCAAGUGUGACUUGAGGAAGGACGAGUUCCUAAACGACAAUCCGAAUGCGAUCACUUAUGAUGAAGGAUUAGCAAAGGCCAAGGAAAUCGGAGCAGUGAAAUAUCUGGAAUGCUCCGCCGUGCAAAAUCGUGGUAUCAUGGAAACAUUCUACGAAGCAGCAAAGGUCGCCCUGGAAGUCAAAGCCCAGGGCUCUAACGGAUCCGGGGAACGAUGCGUCAUUCUCUGA